AUGUCUGGCUGGGGUGCAACAGAGACGGCCACCACCCCUGAUAUUCUGCAGACUGUCAACGUCACCAUCAUCGACUACGAGACAUGCAGACAAAACAUAGAUGACCUUGAGUUUGGAGACAAUCCGCUUACAGAUACCAUGGUCUGCACAGGACCGCUAUUUGAUGGCAUCUCCGUCUGCAGUGGUGACUCAGGCGGACCCCUGGCGCAGAAUGGCAUUGUGAUCGGUGUGGGGUCCUGGGGGGUAGUUAGCCCGUCGUGCGGAUAUCCCGGCGCCCCUUCCGUCUUCACCAGAGUGUCUGCUUUCAUAGACUUUAUCAACCAAAAUCUGUGA